CGCUCCUGCAGAAAGGGGGGAGAGAGACCGAAAAGCAGGGGAGGGGGAACGGCACGGCCGUUUACCUGUCUGCCUCCUCAUUCGCUCUCCCCCCUUGUUCUGCUCACUCCUGGUGUCAGCCUAUCCUCCUUCCCAAACCCUCCCAUUCCCCCGGUGGAGCCCCCCCUUCACUUUCCUUCUCGUCCUCUGUGUUUCUCCUCUCUUUCUUCCCUUCCCCCUCUAGCAUUGCCACCUUCUCUCCUACACGCACUCAGGCAUAUAAACGUAGGUUUUUGAUGCUCGUCUGCCUGUUGACCCCGCUAUUUUCAUGUUUCCAACAGGUUUUUCUUCCCCCAAUCCCUCAGCUGCUGCUGCUGCUGCUCAGGAGGUCAGAUCUGCCACUGAUGGUAAUACCAGCACCACUCCGCCCACCUCUGCCAAGAAGAGAAAGUUAAACAGCAGCAGCAGCAGCAGCGGCAGUAACAGUAGUAACGAGAGAGAAGACUUUGAUUCCACCUCUCCCUCCUCUUCCACUCCUUUACAACCCAGGGAUUCGGCAUCCCCUUCAACCUCGUCCUUCUCCUGCCUGGGGGUUUCAGUGGCUGCUCCCAGCCACGUACCGAUACAGAAGAAGCUGCGUUUUGAAGACACCCUGGAGUUUGUAGGGUUUGAUGCGAAGAUGGCUGAGGAAUCCUCCUCCUCCUCCUCUUCAUCUUCACCAACUGCUGCAACAUCUCAGCAGCAGCAACUUAAAAAUAAGAGUAUAUUAAUCUCUUCUGUGGCUUCGGUGCAUCACGCAAACGGCCUAGCCAAAUCUUCUACCACCGUCUCUAGCUUUGCUAACAGCAAGCCUGGCUCUGCUAAGAAGUUAGUGAUCAAGAAUUUUAAAGAUAAGCCUAAAUUACCAGAAAACUACACAGAUGAAACAUGGCAGAAACUGAAAGAAGCAGUGGAAGCUAUCCAGAAUAGUACUUCGAUUAAGUACAAUUUAGAAGAACUCUAUCAGGCUGUGGAAAAUCUCUGUUCUUACAAGAUUUCUGCAAACUUGUACAAACAGCUGAGACAGAUUUGUGAAGAUCACAUCAAAGCACAAAUUCAUCAGUUCAGAGAGGAUUCAUUGGAUAGUGUUCUUUUUCUAAAGAAGAUCGAUAGAUGUUGGCAGAACCAUUGCAGACAGAUGAUCAUGAUCAGGAGCAUUUUUUUGUUUCUGGAUAGGACUUACGUUCUUCAAAAUUCAAUGCUACCCUCCAUUUGGGAUAUGGGACUGGAGUUAUUUAGGGCUCAUAUUAUAAGUGAUCAAAAAGUCCAGAAUAAGACAAUUGAUGGCAUUCUUCUUUUGAUUGAGAGGGAAAGGAAUGGUGAAGCAAUUGACAGAAGUUUACUGAGAAGCCUUUUAAGCAUGCUCUCUGAUUUGCAAAUUUAUCAGGAUUCUUUUGAACAACGAUUUUUGGAAGAAACUAACCGACUUUAUGCAGCCGAAGGCCAAAAAUUAAUGCAGGAAAGAGAGGUUCCUGAAUAUCUUCAUCAUGUUAACAAACGUCUAGAAGAAGAAGCAGACAGACUUAUUACUUACUUAGAUCAGACCACCCAAAAGUCAUUAAUUGCUACUGUGGAAAAACAACUUCUAGGUGAACACUUAACAGCAAUUCUUCAGAAAGGUUUAAAUAGCCUCCUUGAUGAAAACCGAAUUCAAGAUUUAUCUCUCCUGUAUCAGCUCUUCAGUAGAGUUCGAGGUGGCGUUCAGGUUCUCUUGCAGCAAUGGAUUGAAUACAUUAAGGCAUUUGGUAGCACUAUUGUAAUUAAUCCUGAAAAGGAUAAAACCAUGGUUCAAGAAUUGCUGGAUUUUAAAGAUAAGGUUGACCAUAUAAUUGAUAUCUGUUUCCUGAAGAAUGAAAAAUUUAUCAACGCCAUGAAAGAAGCAUUUGAAACAUUCAUUAACAAAAGACCAAACAAACCUGCUGAACUUAUAGCUAAGUAUGUAGAUUCAAAGCUUCGCGCAGGCAACAAAGAAGCUACAGAUGAAGAACUUGAGAAAAUGUUGGAUAAGAUUAUGAUUAUAUUUAGAUUUAUCUAUGGCAAGGAUGUUUUUGAAGCCUUCUAUAAGAAAGAUUUAGCCAAGCGCCUGUUAGUUGGGAAGAGUGCAUCUGUGGAUGCUGAAAAAUCAAUGCUGUCCAAACUUAAACAUGAAUGUGGAGCUGCUUUCACCAGCAAACUUGAAGGAAUGUUUAAAGACAUGGAACUUUCUAAAGACAUCAUGAUUCAGUUCAAACAGGUAAAAUAUAUGCAGAACCAGAAUGUACCUGGGAAUAUUGAAUUAACUGUGAAUAUCCUGACGAUGGGUUAUUGGCCAACAUAUGUGCCUAUGGAAGUUCAUUUACCACCAGAGAUGGUAAAACUUCAGGAGAUUUUCAAGACCUUUUACCUAGGCAAACAUAGUGGCAGGAAACUUCAGUGGCAGUCAACCCUAGGACACUGUGUGCUAAAGGCAGAAUUUAAAGAGGGUAAAAAGGAACUCCAGGUCUCUCUUUUUCAAACACUGGUGCUGCUAAUGUUUAAUGAGGGAGAAGAGUUCAGUUUAGAAGAGAUCAAGCAGGCUACCGGAAUAGAGGAUGGGGAGUUAAGAAGAACACUGCAGUCAUUGGCUUGUGGCAAAGCUAGAGUUCUGGCGAAAAAUCCAAAGGGUAAAGAUAUUGAAGAUGGUGACAAGUUCAUUUGUAACGAUGAUUUCAAGCACAAACUUUUCAGGAUAAAGAUCAAUCAAAUUCAGAUGAAAGAAACGGUUGAGGAACAAGCAAGCACCACAGAAAGAGUAUUUCAAGACAGACAGUAUCAAAUUGAUGCUGCAAUUGUUCGAAUUAUGAAGAUGAGAAAGACACUUAGCCACAAUCUCCUUGUUUCAGAAGUGUACAACCAGUUGAAAUUUCCAGUAAAGCCUGCUGAUCUUAAGAAGAGAAUAGAAUCCUUAAUUGACCGGGACUACAUGGAAAGAGAUAAAGAAAAUCCAAACCAGUACAAUUAUAUUGCAUAAAAUGUUGGCCUUGGAGCAUUUGGUGUCAUAAACAGUAACCAGUGGAUAAACUAA